CGUCCAGGAGAAUAAUAGCACCAUGAGCACUAUCAAAAGAUCAAUGCCGGAAAACAUGGAUUCUGAACACUUGGCCAAAAAGGUGAAACUUGAUAAAGACCUAGAAAUGGAAGAAAAUUAUGAUUUUCUCUUUGAUCAAGAGGAUGAUUUUGAUCUUGGAGCAAUUGAGGCAGCAGAAAAAGAAGUCAAUAAAGCAAAACUGGAUCUAACUUCAUGGCAAAGGUGUCUGGUAAAAGAAGUAGAAAGGGAAAAGAAAACAUUUGCAUUGAUACUUAAAGUGGUGGGUCUUCAGAAGAAUGAAGAUGGCCAAGAUGCAGAAGCCAAGUGUUUCCUGCAAGGUCCCUGGUGUCACACUCGAGUUGCGGCCGAUGAUAUAGUUUCGCUGAAAGCUCAAUUCGAUGAAAGCCUUGAUGCUUACAAAGUAGAUAAAGAUCAAGGAUUUUGUGUGGUUUAUCCCGAUUGGUUGAUUUCGGGAACUACAGUGGUAGGUUCGUUAUUUUGCGGUAGAAAAUCAGUGCUUCAAGAUCGCUUCAAAGGUAUUGAUCCCAAUAAUAAAGUGAUGGUUAUUGGUUCCUUGGUCCAUGAAUUGUUGCAAAUUGUUUUGGAGAAAGGUAUUCUGCAGCUAAAGGAUAUCGAAAAAGAGGCAGUGGACCUUCUGAAUACCCAAGAUACUGCCUUUAUGCUGUACAGCAGUCAAUUGACUCGAGAAGAUACCACGUUGGAGGUGAUGCAGUUCGUCAAGAACAUACACAAAUUUGUACAGCAGUAUAUUGACCAGAAGGAGAACAGCAUACCCAUAGAAAAGGAUAACUUUAAUGGACGCAUAUGUGAGAUAAGAGAUAUUGAAGAAAAUCUAUGGAUUCCCCAAAUGGGAAUUAAAGGAAAAAUCGAUGUGUCGGUAAAAGUAGAGUCACGCAACAAAAAGGGACUGAUGGCAAAAUUCAACGAAAAACAAGAGAAAAUUUUGCCUUUAGAAUUAAAGACUGGAAGGGCCACAUUUUCAAUGGAGCACAAGGGUCAACUGAUACUAUAUCAAAUGAUGCUAAACGCAUUGGAUAAGCCCACCAAUUCGGGCUUGUUGCUUUAUUUAAGAGAAGGCUUUUUGAGAGAAAUUCCCAGCACACGCAACGAACAGCGGGAUUUAAUAACAUUGCGAAAUGAAAUUGGUCACUAUCUGACAAAUAUGCCUGACUACUCCAAUCUUGCUAGCGAUUUGAAAUUGGACAAUGGUAAAUUCAUACAACCCUUUGAACUGCCCGAACCCAUAUCACAUCCCACUGCCUGUGCACAGUGUGCUUAUGCAUCGUUGUGCUGUAGUUUUGCCAAAACCGAUCCCUCACUAGAACUAAGAACCAAUCAUCCCAUACGCAAAUUAUCCGAAGAGAGUCUUAAACAUUUAACUGCCAAAGACUAUGAAUAUUUCAUAAAAUGGUGUCACUUGCUAAUGAUGGAGGAGAAAGAAGCUAGAAAAUCUAAUUUUCAGAGAGCAUUAUGGUGUUAUACCCCGGACGAAAGAGAACAAAUGGGCAGAGCUAUUUGUGGCUUGCAUAUAGCAAAUGAUGGCAAAGCAAUUGUCAAGAAAGAAACUCGAUAUGAGCAUAGGCUUGUCUUGAAAAGCACUCAAAAUGGUUGCACCGCCCAGAAGGAUGUUGAGGGACAAGAUUUAAUGUUAUAUGGGUUUUCUCUGGGAGAAUAUAUUAUUGUCUCCACAACCAAACGCUUGGCCAUUGCAGCAGGACCCAUAACGGAUCUCGAUUCAUCCUCUAUUACCGUUAGUGUAGAAAGAAAUCUCAUGCAAAAUUACUCCAAUGAAGUGUUCAUUAUUGAUAAGUACGACUCGCAUUCGGGAAAUACAUUUAAUUUUACCAAUUUGGGCAUACUACUGGAUGACACCGACAAAUCGCAACGUCUAAGGCAGAUUAUUGUGGAACUAGAACAGCCAACAUUUCAUAAGGUAUUGCCGAAAAUAGUGGCCACCGAAGGAGCUGAAAUAUUGAAACAGCUGAAUUCGGUACAAAGAGCAGCAGUGCUGAAAGCCUUAACCACACAGUCGUUUAUGUUGAUAAAGGGUUUGCCAGGAACAGGUAAAACUCAAACUCUGGUGGCCAUCAUACGGCUUCUCUAUCUAAUGGGCAAAUCCAUUGUCAUAACCAGUCAUACCCAUUCGGCUGUUGACAAUCUUCUAUUGCGUCUCAAACCUCACAAUGUACCAUUUCUGCGUUUGGGUAAUGGAGCUCGUGUUAACCCACAACUGCAUGAAUCCUGUGAAUCAACUUUAGUUGCCAACUGCCAUACGGAACAUGAAUUAAAUGAAUUUUACAAUUCUUAUCGCAUAGUGGGAGUUACAUGCUUGGGAUCCUCCAAUGCCAUAUUCAUGCAUCGCCGCUUUGAUUUCUGCAUAGUGGAUGAAGCCACCCAGGUAAUGCAGCCCACUGUUCUGAGGCCUUUGUUCUUUUGUGACCGCUUCAUAUUGGUUGGAGAUCCCGAACAAUUGCCCCCUCUUGUUAAAUCUGCCGAGGCCAGAAAGAAGGGAGCUGACGAGUCUCUCUUCCAUCGCUUGGAUUCUCAGCAGGCUACUUCGGUGUUAACGCUACAAUACCGCAUGAAUAAAACCAUCACCAAGUUGGCUAAUGAUUUGACCUACAACGGCUCUUUGCUGUGUGCUUCGAAUGAAAUAAAAAUGGCAAAUAUGCCUUUGCCCAUGUCUCUGCCAAAUCCACAGGAGAAAUGGUUGCAGCGAGUGCUACAAACACAUGUAGACCAAUCGGUAUUUCUUCUGGACACUCAAGAUUGCUCGGAACGCUCUUCGCUGUAUGCCAAAAGCAAGCAUAGCACCACUUGUGCUCUAAUUGAGAAAAACUUUAACGAAGAUUCAUCGGUUGCCAGGGAUGAGGUGACUAGUAAAGAAACUAAAACUCCUAAACGAUUUUCGAAAUAUUCCAAUUACUGUGAAGCCGCCAUCGUUUUCCACAUAGUAAAGACAUUGUUGGAGAGUAAAUAUGACCCAGAUCGCAUUGGCAUCAUAGCACCCUAUAGAGUGCAAGUGGAACUCUUGCGCAAACUUGCUUUACACCAUCAGGAGUUUUAUGGAAAACAAAAUGCCCAGCUUAAUUUCUCCUUGGUUGAAGUAAAUACUGUGGAUCAGUAUCAGGGCAGAGAUAAGGACAUUAUCAUCUAUUCAUGUUCACGCACCGGGCCAGCCGAUUCCAAGAACUCCGAACGUUGCCGCGAUGCUGAAAUCUUAGAGGACAAACGUCGUCUCACGGUGGCCAUCACACGUUCUAAGCAUAAAUUAAUUAUUGUCGGCGACUCCGACUGCAUCCAACAAUACACCCCCUUCCAGAUACUUUUGCAGCGCAUUCCUGGCUUUUGUAAGCUUAAGUUGGAAGACAAUAAAAUGGGUUUCCAUUGGGAUUCUGUCAUGGAUGAAUUAACCAAAGUUAUACAUAGUCAAAGUUCUUAGGCAUGAAGAUGAUGAUGACACAAAUUGGAAUCGGUAAUUUUUUUUUUAUAUGCAUGUGAUUAUGUUUAAAAAUUAUUCACAAAUUUUUUGAGAAAUGUCAAUUAUAGCCAUUUUAAGUGAAAGAGAAAAAUUUUAAGUCUUUUUCGACACGAGAUGAAUAAAAUUUUUCCUUGUUUUCUAAAAAAAUUCAA